CAGUUCCCUCUCCUCCGCAAACCAACAGCAGCUCCCACCUCCAAACAAUCCUCCUAUACGAAUCACAUCUCCAAGACUUAGAGGUUUCCCUCCCCUUUUUACCGCGAUCUCACUCCCGAACGUUCCCAACAAACCAGGCAACCCACGGUGCCAAUAGCGCAAUCAACCAACCACCUCUGCAAACGCCAGUCGAUCAAUCACCGUCGCCUCUGAUCCCCAGAACUGAAACCAAUUCUGUACCUAAAACCCGCUGCCCAACCCGUGAGGCUAGAGCCCCGCGACUGCUGUCUUUGAUCUGUGAUUGGAUUGGCAGCUCCGCGUCCGGCUCAGUUCUAGUCCUGCGACUUUCGUCUUUCACCCAUCUUGCUGGAUACCUCAUCGGCUGGCGAGCCUUUCUUCCACUCUCCUCUCCCUCGUCUGCUCCACCGUGGUUCGCUACCGCUGUUUUUGUCGUUCCCCGGAGCUGUGCCACCUCGAGUCCUCGUCUUUGCCAAGAAAACGAGAAACUAUGAGAGCUUACAUUACAUGUCUGACAAAAGUGGAGCUUCAAUAGUUCGAUAAAAUUAAUGUCCCAUUCGUGCGCCUAGUCCACCGCGACCUAUUACUUCUUCUCAUCACAUUUAAAAAGAGGAUUCUAAUAAAAUAAUAAAGAGAAAAAAAGGCUUCACGAAAAUGCCCAAGGAACGCAACUUCAACCCCGUCCAAGCGCAGCGGAAAGCAGACAAACAGAAAAGCUUGAAAAAGGCCAAAUCUGAGGCGCAGGCUCGCCAGAAUGAGAAACUCGCCCGUCGCAACCCCGAGCGCCUUCAGAGGCAGAUCAAUGACCUCAAAGCGGUAGAAGAGUCCGGCCAACAACUACGGCCGCGUGAUAAGGAGGUUUUGGAAGCGUUGGAGCGGGAUCUGCGUGCUGUACAGAAGGCCCGGGAAGCACUAGGUGAUAAGGCGCCGAAAUUCGAGAAUUACCAGUCAAGAAGGGGUGGCUUUGGCGGCAGAGGCCGCGGCGACGCCGUAUUAGGGAAGAGGAGGAGGGACGACCGUGGCCACUCCGGACGAGAUAGUGAGAGUAGUGAGACGGAUGAGGAAGUCCGACGAAUUCCUAUGCCGCGGGAUACGCCGCCACCAAUCCCUCGCCAAUACCAAAAGAAGAGAGAGGGUGAUGCAGAUGCAGGUCCUCGGGGACCACAUGGUUUACCGGCGAAACCGCCUGUGGUUGAAUCCAGAACUGUCUAUGAAGCGAAGCCAGAGAUCAAGAAUCUGCGACAAGAGGCGGUUAAGAAAUUUAUUCCGGCUGCUGUUAGGGUUAAACAGGAGGCCAUUCGAGGGCAAGGAAAGCUACUUGAGCCGGAGGAAAUGGAUCGGCUAGAGAAAGCGGGUUAUAAUGCUGGUCCUUCGGAAGCUGCAGGACAAGAGAGCUCUGAUCAGCCUGAUGAUGACGCUCAACAGCGGCUAUUAGAAGAGGAGAAACGAUUCAACCAGGAACUCAGAUCUGUACAGAUCGAGGACGUUGAAGAUGAGGAUGCAUGAAAUGUAUAACAGUGCA